AUGGCAGAGAGGGUUCGAAUAUCGGACCUAAUCUGGUUGAAACCAGAAGGUACGUCGGAGUAUGAUAUUCCCAUAGCAGUGAAAGUUCUGAACAGUUCUGGCGGGAAACUUGAGGUUCAAGAUGAUGAUGGAAGGAAGAUCAUUGCGGAUGCGAAGAAUGUCAUCAAACCGCUACACGCCACGUCUAUCACCAGUGUCGAAGAUAUGAUAACGUUGGGGGAAUUGCAAGAGUAUACGAUUCUACGAAACCUCCAUAUACGUUAUAACCAGCAGUUAAUUUAUACUUACACUGGGUCAAUGCUUAUUGCUAUAAAUCCAUACGAAAUAUUGCCAAUAUACACAAUGGAUCAAAUACACUUCUACCAAGACAGAAGCAUCGGCGAUAUGCCACCUCAUAUUUUCGCUAUCGGAAGUGACUCCUACAAAGAACUGCUAGACACAUCUUCAAAUCAAUGCGUCGUGAUCAGUGGCGAAAGCGGUGCUGGAAAAACAGAAAGUACAAAAUUACUUCUACAAUACCUGGCUGCAGCUAGUGGGAAGCACUCAUGGAUAGAACAACAAAUACAAGAAACAAAUCCUAUUCUUGAAGCGUUCGGGAAUGCCAAAACGGUGAAAAACGACAACUCAUCUAGAUUCGGAAAAUACAUAAACAUUUACUUCACCAAUGAGGGAGUUAUCGAAGGUGGGAAUAUAGAACAGUAUUUAUUAGAGAAGUCGCGAAUAGUGCGUCAAAAUAAAGGCGAGAGGAAUUAUCACAUUUUCUAUUCCCUGGUCACUGGCUUAUCUGCUGACGAGAAGAAGAAGCUGGAUCUUGGCAGACCGCAAGACUAUGAAUACCUCAAUUCUGGUAAUAUGCUGACUUGCGAUGGUCGAAACGAUGCGUUGGAGUUUUCAGAUAUAAGAUCAGCUUUCAAGGUGCUCAACUUUGCUGAUGAUGAAGUUUGGGGCGUGUUCAAUUUGCUGGCUGCCAUUUUGCACAUGGGCAACCUCAAAUUCAAAUCUUACAGCUCCAAUAAUAUAGAAUCUUCUGAGGUAGCGGACGCGAUAAAUGCUAACAGAAUUGCGACUCUACUCGGCGUUAAUAAGGUGCAAUAUUGUGAAGCGCUUACGCGCAAGACGUUUAUUGCGCAGGGUGAGAAAAUUGUUUCUACUGUACCGGUUUCAUCAGCGAUAGAAGCCAGAGACGCACUAGUAAAAGCGAUAUAUGGCGCCAUUUUCGUCUACAUAGUGGAGAAUAUAAAUAAAACGCUGCACAAAGACGAGACGUUAUCGAGUGGAUCUAUCGGAAUUUUGGAUAUUUUUGGUUUUGAGAACUUUGAAAAUAAUAGCUUCGAACAGCUCUGUAUCAAUUACGCCAACGAGAACUUGCAACAGUUUUUCGUCAGACACAUAUUUAAGUUGGAACAGGAGCAAUAUAAAAAAGAAGGUAUAACCUGGACGAACAUAAAUUAUGUGGAUAAUCAAGAGAACUUGGACAUGAUCGGUUUAAAACCAAUGAAUCUUUUGUCCCUUAUUGAUGAAGAGUCCAGGUUUCCUAAAGGGACAGAUGUAACUUUGCUGGAUAAGCUGAAUAGUAAUCAUGGUGGAAAAAAUUGUUAUAUAACUCCAAAAUCGACACGCGAUUAUAGGUUUGGAAUCAAGCACUUUGCUGGCGACGUUUAUUAUACUGUUAACGGUUUCCUCGACAAGAACAGGGACAUGUUGACAUCAGAUCUUAAAGAACUCUUAAUGGAAUCGAAUAACGCAUUUCUGAAGAAAAUAUUCCCGAUCGAUUCCGUAUCUCCUCAUAGCGCAAGCCGCAAAACUGUAUCUCUGAGUCACCAAUUCAAGACGUCACUCGAAUCAUUGAUGAAAACGCUAUACGCCUGUCAUCCUUUCUUUGUUCGUUGUAUCAAACCCAAUGAAUUGAAAAAACCCCGGAUUUUAGAUCGAGCAUUAUGUGUGCGUCAAUUGCGGUACGCAGGUUUAAUGGAGACAGCGAAAAUACGUCAAGCCGGUUACCCCAUUAGGCACUCGUACGCUGAAUUUGUUCACCGAUACCGUCUCGUCGUACCAGGCAUACCGCCAGUCGAAAGAGCAGACUGCAAAGAAGCCGCAAAGAAAAUAUGCGUAGAAGUACUCAAAGAUCAAGACUUUAGACUUGGACACACAAAAGUCUUCCUCAAAGACCACCAUGAUAGCAUUUUAGAAGAACUAAGACACAAAGUGCUGAUCAACGCAGUCAUCAGAGUCCAGACGAAUGGAAGACGCUUUAUCUAUAGAAGGAGAUUCCUGAAACUUCGAGCUGCUACCCUGAUCGUGCAGAAAUACUACCGUUCUAGAGGUUAUAGGAGCAAAUACUUAAUUAUGAAGAGAGGCUAUCUGCGACUACAGGCGAUCUUAAAAGCUCGUGAACUGAGAAAGACUUUUCUCAAUCUAAGAGUAUUUUUCACAAAGCUCCAAGCUCAGAGUAGGGGAUACUUAAUCCGGAAAUUGAUGGCUGACAAGCUGCCAAUCAUCAAAGCUCAGCUAGAGCAGUUUAGAAGAGAGAAAGCACAGAGUAAGCUCAAUAAAGCGGCAGCAGAAGAUGAAUAUGAGAAGAAGUAUACGGAGUUCAUGAGAGCAGUGUGGGUAGGAAAAGAUGUGGGCGUGGAGGCUAAUGCGCAAAAUAAUACGUAUAUAGAUGACAGAUAUGUUGACGACGUAUUUGGUUUUUUAAAAGAUACCGCGACACCGGCUGGUACUGUUAGAGGUACUGGGUUUGGCGUGGGUGCAGUGGAAAAACCUUCAGUAGUAGACGUCAUAAACAUACCACUACAAAAAGAGUACGAAGAAGACGAAUUCGACGAGUUCAAUUUCAAGAAAUUCGCAGCCACUUAUUUCUUGGGUAACGUGAGCCAUCAGUACUCGAGAAAACCCUUGAAGCAAUCGCUGCUAGAUCUACCUUCACCAGUUGACAAGGCGGCUGCGCAGGCGCUGUGGGUCACGAUUUUAAGGUUCAUGGGAGAUCUCGCUGAACCGAAGUACACAGACGAUAGAAAGGAUAAUACGCCAAUUAUGACCCAAUUGACGGAUACCGUUGGCCGCGCUUUCCAGAAGACUAAGGAGUUUGAGGAUAUAUUAAAAGAAAGUUACGAAGGCAAAAGCAAAUUGGUUCAAAGAACUUUAAAGAAACAAUCGAAGUUAAACGAAGAAUUUAUGAAGAGCGUGAUGAAUGACGAACAAACCACAGAAAUGUAUAGUACUUGGUUAAAUACGAGACGCACGACGAAUUUGGAGAAACUGCACUUUAUCAUUGGACACGGAAUCAUUAGGAAGGAAUUAAGAGACGAAAUAUUCUGUCAACUUUGCAAACAACUCUCUAACAACCCAUCAAAAGCGUCGUUCGCGCGAGGUUGGAUCUUACUAUCGCUUUGCGUUGGCUGUUUUCCACCUUCCGAGAGAUUCGUGAAGUACCUCCGUUCCUUUAUACGCGAAGGCCCGGUUGGAUACGCACCAUAUUGUGAAGGUCGUUUGAUGAGGACUUUUAAAAACGGGCCGAGAACGCAACCGCCCAGCUGGCUGGAACUACAGUCCACUAAAACGAAGAAACCUAUUCUUCUGACAGUAACAUUAAUGGACGAAUCCAUGAAGACCGUACAAUCGGAUUCAGCCACAACAUCCGAAGAAAUAUGCCAACAGAUAGCUGAUAACAUCGGACUAACUGACACUUUCGGCUUUUCAUUAUACAUAACCCUUUAUGACAAAGUUCUAUCUUUGGGAAGCGAAGGCGAACACAUAAUGGACGCCAUCUCCCAAUGCGAACAAUAUUCUAAAGAGCAAGGCACUCCAGAGAAAAACGCUCCAUGGAGGUUGUUCUACCGCAAAGAAGUCUUCACACCGUGGCAUAACCCAGCUGAAGAUGCGGUAGCGACUACCCUAAUAUACCAUCAAGUUGUGAAAGGAGUCAAAUUUGGAGAAUACCGCUGCAAUGCUGAAUCGGAUUUGGCAAUGAUUGCGGCGCAGCAGCAUUACAUAGAAUAUGGACCACAAAUCGAACCAAAUGUUUUAAGACAAGUCAUAAUCAACUACAUACCCAAUCAGUUUAUCAAAAGUAACGACGCAGCCUUAACCAAAUGGGAGCAUCUUGUAACAAAAGCAUUUGAGACCUCGAACAGCAUACAAUCCAGAACAGACCCACUCCGAUGCAAAGAAGAUAUCGUCAUAUUUGCUAAAAUCAAAUGGCCCAUGAUGUUCUCCAGAUUCUUCGAAGCUGUUAAAUUAAAAGGUGAAUCCAUAAACAAAGACAUCGUCAUCAUAGCUAUAAAUUGGACUGGAAUAUACAUAGUCGAUCAAGCUGAGCACAUUCUUCUCGAGAUGUCGUAUCCUGAAGUCACCUAUGUUGCGUACAGUGAAGACAAGGAUUUCGAAAACCUAGGAAGAGUAACAAUAAAGACUAUACAACAGGAAGAAUUUGUUUUUCAGAGCGUGGAAGCGAGCGAAAUGAGCUCUUUAAUAAUAUAUUUGAUAGAUGGCCUAAAGCGUAGAUCAGUUUACGUAAUUGCUCAGAGUGAUUCUCAAGGAUUUAGUGAUGCUGCCUCAUUCUUGCAGUACAAGAAGGGCGAUCUUAUCACUCUCUUACAAGAAUUCAAUGGAGAUACUCUCAUGAAUGCCACGUGGGGUCACGGAUUGUGCAAUGGAAAAGAGGGCUUAUUCCCUACGGAACAAGUUUACAUAUUGCCUACCCUCUCAUUACCGCCUACUUCCACUUUGGAAGUGUUCAAGAAGGGUAACAUUAAUGACAAGAAAGUUACAUCUAAGUAUAAUACGUUACAGAGAAAGAGAAUGUAUACGUUAGAGAAGUACGCAAAGGAACACUUCAGGGAGAACUAUGAUAUACAGGCCACAAUUUCGAAACAAUCCACCAUCACUUCCGCUAAGAAAUCAGUAAUGGGUGAUCUGUGGGCCCACACGAGGGAACCGUUGCGUCUACCGCUACUAAAGAAGUUAUUAGACGACGAAAAGCUUUGCAAGGUCGCAGUAGCAACAUUCUUCGCCAUAUUGAAAUACAUGGGCGACAUGCCGACGCCAAAAGCGAGGUCCACCACGGAAUAUACAGAUGAAAUAUUCAGACCGGCGCUAAAAGAUUUCACUUUACGCGACGAAGUCUACUGUCAAAUAAUGAAACAAUUGACGAACAAUAGAAUUCAGUUAAGCGAAGAAAGAGGAUGGGAGCUGAUGUGGCUUGCGACUGGUGUAUUUGCGUGUGGACAGACUCUUAUAAAGGAAUUAGUUGAAUUCCUCAAGACACGACCGCAUCCGAUAGCGAAGGACUGCUUGAAACGUGUGUUCAAAAUGCAAAGAGGCGGACCGAGGAUGUACGCGCCAUACGUUGUGGAAGUGGAGGCGAUACAGCACAGAAGUAUGCAGAUAUACCACAAGGUAUACUUCCCAGAUGACACAGAUGAAGCGUUCGAGGUCGACUCGUCUACGAAGGCGAAGGAUCUAUGCGAGCAGAUCACUGGGCGGUUGAAUUUGAGGAACAGCGAUGGAUUUAGCCUGUUUGUGAAGAUUGUGGACAAGGUGUUUUCCGUACCGGAGAAUUAUUACUUCUUUGAUUUCAUCCAUGAACUUGUGGAGUGGAUGAAGCAAACGCGGCCAGCACGUACCGCAGGUGGGCAAUUACAAAUGAAUUACCAAAUAUUCUUCAUGAAAAAGUUAUGGAUUAACACCGUGCCCGGGAGGGACAAGAACGCAGAUGAUAUUUUUUACUUCCCCCAAGAGCUACCGAAAUACCUGCGCGGAUACCAUAAGACGUCCAAACAAGAUUUAGUAGAACUAGCUGCGCUCGUUUACAGGGCGAGGUUUGGCAACGACCAAACCCUUUUGCCCCAAACACCACAAAUGUUGGAAGAGCUCAUACCGCCGGAUAUGGCUAGAAUAAUGUCAAAUUCACAAUGGAAAUCUUCUAUAGCCGCUGCGUACAUGAAACACGGGGCUAUGACAGAUAAUGAAGCGAAGGAGCAGUUCCUAAAGAAAAUCUACCAGUACCCAACAUUUGGUACUGCUUUCUUUGAAGUAAAACAAACUUCAGAUCCGUCAUAUCCGGAAAUGGUUGUCGUUGGUAUAAAUAGACAAGGAGUCAGCGUGAUUCACCCACAGACUAGGGAUGUGUUAGUGACGUAUCCAUUUUCGCAAAUAUCGAACUGGUCGUCGGGUAACACAUUUUUCCACAUGACCAUGGGCAGUUUUAUGCGUGGAACGAAAAUACUCUGCGAAACUUCAUUAGGCUAUAAGAUGGACGACCUCAUAUCAUCGUACAUUGCCGUUUUACGUGAAUCGGUGAAACAAAGAACACAAAAUUUAUAA